GUUUUCAAGAUGGCGUCGGUUUGGAAGUUGAUUGCGUUGGCACUUGCAGUAGAUAUAUCAGUUACAACGGCUACUACUUUUAAAGAAGGAGAUAAGGUUUUUCGAUUUUAUAUUCCUCUAUAUAUUAAAACAGCAAAUUAAAAUUUUUGUGCAAGGACUAAUGCUUUGCAAUUUACUACCUCAAACAUACAGUCCACAUUCUUGUCUACUGACAAUUAAUGUAAAUUGAAUUAUUACAUUAAAAAAGUUUAUUAGGCCUACUUAUUACUAUAAAAUUAUUAUUGUUAUUUUAGGCCUAGGGUGUCGAGGUUUAUCUAAUUUAACUAGGCUGUUAAUCAAAUUUUUUAUGACGGUCUUCAUUGAGUAGCCUAUAUGCACAAACAUGAACAACAGGAAUCUGGGUAGCUAUCUCUUCACAUUUUCAUUUACCAUUGCCAUUAUUAUUAUUAUUAAAAAAGAGGGAGUAAUAGUAAAUAUUGGUUUGGCGAGCCACUCAUUUCCCACGUCAGCCAUACCUUGAUUGAUUGUCAUGGAAACCAAGAUGGCAGCUGUGUCAAAAAAAAAGUAAUCCCAACACACGUCUGCUAAAAAGGGGAAUGGGAAAGAGAAAAAAUGUGCUGAGUGUUGUUUUAGUUUAGGGAUUCUUAUAGAGAGAAACAUAAAUAGGAACAAAUUGUUAAAAUUUAAUGAAAUAAUUUCAGCUGGUACAUUAAUUUUGUGACAAACUUAGCAACUUUAUUGCAUCCCUCUAGAUAUGUGUAGCAAGAAGUGUAAACGACCAGCUACCCCCCCGUACAAUUUCAGCUGGUACAUUAAUUUCAUGGCAAGCGUAGCAAAUUUAUCGUGUCCCUCUAGAUAUGCAGCAAGAAGUAUCAACAACCUACGGUCGCUCUCUUCAUCCAUCCCUGUGGCACUACAGCCCAUGUAGGGCUUUGGCCUGGGUAACCACUUCCUUCCACUCAGACCUAACUAAUGCCUUUCUUUUCCAUGCUUGGACUUUCAGUUGCUGUAGAUCUUUUUCUACAUCAUCUAUCCACCUAAGCCUAGAUCUGCCUUUGAGCCUUUUUCCUCUGGGGUCGCUCCCUUCCCUCAACUCAAACAUGUGAGCAACAGUUCAAAAAUAAAGAAAAACAAUACAAGAUAUUUUUUUUAAAUAAUGAAAACUGAACUAACAUGUUCAUAGAAUACACUUUAAUCUACUUUAUUGUAGGUUCCACUAAAAUUAAAAAUCCAAAAGUUGACUGAAAAUCUAUACAAUAUCCACAUUCCAAAAUGCCGCCAAAAAUUUUUAAAUUAUAAUUAGCCACCCAUUGAAAUGAUAAUUUAAAACAUACCAUUGUUGUAUUAAUAUUUAAUUUGAAAAAAGAAGUUUAACGUGAGGAAAAAUCCACAAAUAAAACAAAGGGGAGUGAAUUCUACACAGAAACUCAAAGUGGCGAGCCCAACAAAAAUUAGCAUAAAAAUUAUUUUUAAACUUUAAGUUAAUAUUAGUUGAUUACAAGCCCUACUUAUUAAAUUGGCAUUAGGAUGCUAAGGACUAUGUGUUCUUUAUUUGGUUAAUUUGUUGUUAAUUUUUAAUAUUAUUAGGGAACAACUGGAUAUUGCCCCAGACAUUUGACGCAGCCAAAUAUCCUGUUGUUUUUUCUCUCAAAUAUUCGCCUCAGCGAAUACUACUACUUCUACAGAUGUGGAUCAGAAUAUUUAUUUUAAAAUUAAAGUUUUGAGAGAUAUUCAAUAAAUUUGUGUGCUGGUAUUGGAGUUCAUUUCUCACCAAAACACAGAAAGAACCAAAAAUAAACAUCAGCUAACUUUAUGUCCACAUGAUCUAACAUUUGCUGGACACACAUUCUGACAUGUUGACAUCCUACCCAAGUAGGGACACACAUUCUGACAUGUUGACAUCCUACCCAAGUAGGGACACACAUUCUGACAUGUUGACAUCCUACCCAAGUAGGGACACACAUUCUGACAUGUUGACAUCCUACCCAAGUAGGGACACACAUUCUGACAUGUUGACAUCCUACCCAAGUAGGGACACACAUUCUGACAUGUUGACAUCCUACCCAAGUAGGGACACACAUUCUGACAUGUUGACAUCCUACCCAAGUAGGGACACACAUUCUGACAUGUUGACAUCCUACCCAAGUAGGGUGCUGGGUGGCAGAGCGGUCUAAACUGUCUCACACCAAAUAGCUGGUGGUCUGGAGUUCACUCCACACCAAAGCCAACAUCCCAAGAACCCCGGGUGGAUGGGACUCAUUAGCCUUGGACGGCAACCCAUCUAAGAGAAGGCAAAUUCUGAAUUUAAACCAAUUGAUAGUGGGCCCCUAACAUAAGAAGAGAAGAAGAAAUCACAGCUUUUACGUUUUCGUCAAAUUUUGAGGGGGUGGGGUUUGUAAUGGAUUGAAAGAAAAAAAUAAUGGGAAUGUUUGUGACACAAAGUAGCCAAACUCCAAUCUAAGCCCGGUAUGUACUUCCAUAAAAACAAAAUUAAGGCAGACUGCUACCAAAUUUGUAUUGGAAAUUGUAGCCGAUUAAGAGAAAUAUGAUUGUAAAUGUCUUUAUUUUAUCAAUAUUGAAGCUCCUUGCUCUUAAAAUUUACACAGAAAUUAGGGGCUAUUCAUAACUGCCUUCACACAUCUAGAGGGGUGAGUGGCAAGGCGGUCACAAAUGAGUGGCAGGGCGGUCCAAAAUGAGUGGCAGAGGCCUCACAAUUGAGUGACAGGGCCCCCACAAUUUGAAUGACACCGCCCCCACAAUUGAAUGACAGGGCCCUCAUAACUUUGUGACAGUGGUUUCUAAAUUUUGUUAAUAUGGGGAGAUAAAGUGUUUUAAAAAGUUUGCAAAAAAAGUGUGCCAUCAUUAAUGGAUGUCCCCUUACAUACAUAUAUUUAAAAGACAUCUCUACCAACAUAAUUUCAAGAAGGUAAGUGGGGCAGUCUGCUUAAGAAUGGGUCAUUGAGUAUAGAUUUUCUGCAGGUGUAAUGAAUAAUAUACCCUACCAGAAGCCUUAAAUAUUAAGAAAUAUCUGGACUUCCCUUUCAUUAUUUAUUUGAUUUGUUUUCAUCUUGAAAUAACAAGUUUAAAUGUCAAGUUUUACAAUUUAUGAUUUCAACAAAAAAAAUUUAGUUCACGUGCUCAGGCGAUUGUUUACAAAAGAUCCCAAAAAGUAGAUGGCGCCACUAUUCCGUCGUUUUUAUCACUUGCAUCGUUGAUAUUCUGUCGUACCAUAUUGCUUAUACUGGCAUAGGACCAGGGGUUUUCCCCCAUCCAAAACUAAGGGGGGUCAACUUAUAAAACAAACAGGUUUCAGAAAAAGUAUGAUUAGUACCUUUAUUGUAUAUAUGUGACAAUUGUCAUUUCAAUGUAUUUUCCAACAUCUCUGACACCAUAUAAGUGGGGAACCAGGUUGUUGUUGUUGUUGUUGUUUUUAAAGAUACAUGGUAAUCAUGAACAGUUAGAUGGUUAAAAUGCUUUAAAUUUGGUUUCUAAUAUUUUCACUUUAACCUACGGCCUUUGACUUUUUUUUUUAAAUGCUUUUUUAGCUUCCCCCCUCCCCCAAAUUUGAUUUUUACUGAUCAAAGGCUACAUCAGUUCAUAUGCUAUAUAUAGUUAUUUAUAAGGGACCAGAGUUAUAUACUUUAAAUUAAUCUCAAGUGAUAGUUGUCAAUUUAAUAUUAUAGCCGUAUCCAUAUCUGAAACUACCCCUACAGGAAAGAUAAAAUUAUAUUUCUUCAUAACAUCUGGCCAAAGGGCGUAUGCCCAAAUGGCUGCUUUAUCUGAAUGAAAUUCAUAACAUCAAUGCCAGGAGUUGGGUGUGUCCCUUUUAGCGGGGUUUCAUAUUGAAAAAUAUGCUAGGCUAGGGUGAAGAUUGUGUUGGAAAGAUGAUAUUUUUAAAGAUUUGGUCAUUAGAGGAAAGAUUUUGGUGAUAUAAGAAUUCUAGUUUGAAAAAGAAAAAAAUUUCAAAUUCAGUAAUAUUUUGUUUUAUCUCUAAGAAAUAAAUGUAAAAGUGUGUAAAAUAUUGAUUCUGUUAUUCUGUUACAUGUCCAUCUUAUCUCAGGUCAACCCGGUAUCUCCUCUAACUACGGCCUUAACUAAAAUUUCUUGACAUGAUCAUAUUUUUGUUUGACAACGUUGAAAUAUUUCCCUUCCUCAGGUUCUGGUUUAUGUCAACAAAGUUGGUCCUUACUUCAAUCCCCAUGAAACCUACCACUACUACCAGCUGCCGGUCUGCAGGCCACAGAAAGUAAGGGCCACAUUGAGCAAUUCAAAGUUAAUGGAGUGCCACUCAAACCUGUUUUCAGCUAGCUUUUGUUUUGAUGGUGUUGUCGAUUUGUUUUAUCUCUAUCUGAAGUAAUGUAACUGUAACCAACACUUGUCAGCAUCACACCGCAUGGUUUCCGUUUAUUAGAGCCAAUCUGUCCCUGACAGCUUCCUCAAAGGGAGUUAAGUGUCAGCUGCUGCUCUUAGAAGACUGAAUGUCCCUAAGACGGCAUCUGUACAGAUUUGCAGUUUUGUUGACUCUUGCACCCUUAGACAAGCCUAGUAUUCAGUAAAACACCUGUUACCAAUUAGGGUAGCGGUUCUCAACCUGUGGUUCAUGACCCCUUUGGGGUCGAACAACCCUUACGCAGGGGUCGCCUUAGACCAUCAGAAAACACAUAUAUAUGAAGCAGCAACAGAAAUAAGUUUAUGGUUGGGGGUCACCACAACACGAGGAACUGUAUUAAAGGGUCGCACCAUUAGGAAGAUUGAGAACCACUGAAUUAGGGUAGUACUGAAACAAUCCUUAACAUCUCUUCAAAGCCACACUCCAAAUGUAAUCUUUAAAAACUAUCACACUAAGAACUCGAAGUAUUCAUAUGAACUGAACUUUUAUUACCAUUUUUCAUUUAGCUUUAUGAGAUUUGAAAUUUACGAAUGUUGUUCUAUUCAGAUUGAACACAAGAGCCUUACCCUGGGUGAAGUUCUUGAUGGAGACCGAAUGGCUCUCUCCCUUUAUGAUAUCAAGUACAGAAGUAAGCAUGAUGAUAUCAUUCAAUACUUCUCUACAGUUGCCAUUGGCCUGUUGAGCUCUAAUAUUUUUGUAAAUUUAGAUGUAAAUCAGUUUCCAUAUUUUUUGUGGAUAAUCUUAAUUUAAAACAAAGUCGUAAGGACUGUGGCCCAUAGAGCCAUGCGCCCAAUCUUUUUAUCCAACCUGUGGAUAAAUGAUAAAAUCGGACCGUUGAAAAGCUUAUUAUCCAUCAGUAACAUUCUAACUGAGCCUUUGUGGCAACCAGGAGAAACAAAGUAACACGAGGAUGGGCUUCAGGGUUCUGGGCUUCAGAAGAUUGUUUAGAUAGAUGUUUAAAUAAAGGAUAAAGGAGUGAAGAAUGUAACUGUUGAGCAGUGCUAGUGGUGCUCAUCUUUUGUUACAAGACUGUUGAGCAGUGCUAGUGGUGCUCAUCUUUUGUUACAAGACUGUUGAGUAGUGCUAGUGGUGCUCAUCUUUUGUUACAAGACUGUUGAGCAGUGCUAGUGGUGCUCAUCUUUUGUUACAAGACUGUUGAGCAGUGCUAGUGGUGCUCAUCUUUUGUUACAAGACUGUUGAGCAGUGCUAGUGGUGCUCAUCUUUUGUUACAAGACUGUUGAGUAGUGCUAGUGGUGCUCAUCUUUUGUUACAAGACUGUUGAGUAGUGCUAGUGGUGCUCAUCUUUUGUUACAAGACUGUUGAGCAGUGCUAGUGGUGCUCAUCUUUUGUUACAAGACUGUUGAGCAGUGCUAGUGGUGCUCAUCUUUUGUUACAAGACUGUUGAGCAGUGCUAGUGGUGCUCAUCUUUUGUUACAAGACUGUUGAGCAGUGCUAGUGGUGCUCAUCUUUUGUUACAAGACUGUUGAGCAGUGCUAGUGGUGCUCAUCUUUUGUUACAAGACUGUUGAGCAGUGCUAGUGGUGCUCAUCUUUUGUUACAAGACUGUUGAGCAGUGCUAGUGGUGCUCAUCUUUUGUUACAAGACUGUUGAGCAGUGCUAGUGGUGCUCAUCUUUUGUUACAAGACUGUUGAGCAGUGCUAGUGGUGCUCAUCUUUUGUUACAAGACUGUUGAGCAUUGCUAGUGGUGCUCAUCUUUUGUUACAAGACUGUUGAGCAGUGCUAGUGGUGCUCAUCUUUUGUUACAAGACUGUUGAGCAGUGCUAGUGGUGCUCAUCUUUUGUUACAAGACUGUUGAGUAGUGCUAGUGGUGCUCAUCUUUUGUUACAAGACUGUUGAGCAGUGCUAGUGGUGCUCAUCUUUUGUUACAAGCAAGAUGGUGGAAAAUGCUUGUAGCUUUGGGGAAAAAGAAACUCAAUUAUAUGAUAGUUUUGUUUUUUUUUUGUUUAUUUCUUGGGGUAGUGUUUGGAACUUUGGGAGGGGAAUAGUUGGAACUUUAGGAGGGAAGUGUUUGAAACUUUAGGAGGGGAGUGGUUGGAACUUUGGGAGGGGAAUGGUUGGAACUUUAGGAGGGGAGUGGUUGGGACUUUGGGAGGGAGUGGUUGGAACUUUGGGAGGGGAGUGGUUGGAACUUUGGGAGGGUAGUGGUUGGAACUUUGGGAGGGGAAUGGUUGGGACUUUUGGAGGGUAGUGUUUGGGACUUUGGGAAGGGAGUGGUUGGAACUUUAGGAGGGGAAUGGUUGGGACUUUGGGAGGGUAGUGUUUGGGACUUUGGGAAGGGAGUGGUUGGAACUUUGGGAGGGGAGUGGUUGGGACUAUGGGAGGGGAGUGGUUGGAACUUUGGGAGGGGAGUGUUUGGAACUUUGAGAGGGGAGUGGUUGGGACUUUGGGAGGGGAGUGGUUGGAACUUUGGGAGGGGAGUGGUUGGGACUAUGGGAGGGGAGUGUUUGGGACUUUGGGAAGGGAGUUAGGAACAUAACAGUGAGGAGGUAGAGAGGUCUGGCCAUUUAUUUUAGAAGGCUGUUUUCAAGAACAAUGUGCGUCCAAACAUUUUCUCUAUUUCAAAAUAGUGUGAAUCAAGCCAGGUCGGCUUAGUUGGUGUAACAGUUUUUUUUAAUAAAAAGUAUUCACUUGUAAAUAUAGUGGUUAUGAGUGUGUUCAUGCUUGUGCAUCCCCGUCUCCACAGCGGACGUUCCAACGAAGACGGAACUGUGUAAAGUCAAGUACAGUGAGAGCGACCUUGAACUGUUGCGCAGUGCCAUAGAGGACCUCUACUAUUUUGAGUUUGUGUUAGGUUCGUUUGAUGGAGGAUUUUAUUCAAAAGCUUUGAUAUUGUUUUGUGAAGUGUUUCUAGUUUAAGUUGAUUAUGAAAUUUUGUAAACAUUAAGAAACGAGGCUUACUUACCAAGAUAAGGAAUUUUUUUUAAAAUUAUUUUAAAAAACUUGGUCCCGAUGCUUCAGAAUUUCACUUUUUAUUGUCACAUUUUAAAAAUGAUAAAUUACACUUUUUAAAUUUGUUAUAAAUGAACAAAUUUGUAUGAGCCCUCUGCGUACUAUUGUGUUUUCUUGUAAACGCAGAUGACAUUCCCAUACGAGGCUUCAUUGGACAUCUAGAGGAGGGAGGUUUUCUACCUCACAACCACAAAAUCUAUCUUUGGGUCCAUCUGCAUUUCAACAUCGAGUACAACCAGGAUCAUGUGAGUCCCCCAUCUUGUUUAUUAUUGAUACAGUCAACAUUUGUUGCAGCUUUAGGCUUUGCUGGUUAAGUUUAAAACGAGGAGACAAUGAGUGACAAAUGAAAAUGAAUGGGACGAAAAGUGGCAUGGUGUGAAAAGACAUUUAUAACUAAAGGACAUAUUUUUUUACUAUCCAUACGUAAUAAUAUUAAAUAAUAACAUUCUAAAAUACAGUAAAAUGUUGAUAUAUAUUUAUGCUGCAUAAAAUUAGUUUUAAUAUUCCUUGUAUUUUUUAGAUUAAGAUUUGUAUAUUGAAAAUACUUUUUUUUUUUUUUUUUUUUUUUUUUGUAUUUUUUUUUCUUUUUGGGGGGGGGGGGGGGGGUUGUUUUAUAUGUAUUUCACAUAGUGGACAUUUAUAAAUAGCAAGUGAUGGUGCAAAGCUAACUUUUGAAUAAGUUAUGCCCCUUUUCUUUUUAGAAGACUAAAAAAUGAUAGAGAGAGACUUGAUGGUUAUUUUUAAGUAUGCUAGAUUGAUAGAUAUUUAAAGUAAAUAUUUAAGCUAAGAAAUACAAUAGUCAAUAUAUUUUCCUAUUUAAACCACAUAGACACAUUUCCAAUCCAAUAUUCAUAAAUAUUUCAGAUAAUUUAUGCCAAUGUCACAACCAAGGAACAGUUGCCCAUUUCUCUUGAUGGUGCAGCUACCCCUAUGGAAGUGGCUUUCACCUAUACAGUCAAGUGGGUCUCCACAGAGUAAGUCUUUUACUCCACUCUACAUCGUCCUACGCCAUAGUUUCAACUCAAGACUGGGCAUCUAGUGAAAUUUAGUUGACCUCGACCUACAAAAGACACCAUUUUCAAGUCUGUUUACUUUUCUCAACUGAAGCAAAGGUUUUUUGUUAUUCUGUGAUGCUAUGAACAGAGUCAUUGAAAGUAAAGCUUUUCUUGAUGAUAACCUCAAUAUUGAUCGUUCUUUUAUGAACAAAUGGAACAGAUCAAAUAACUAACUCUACUCUUAGUAGUAUUAAAUAGUUAAAGAAAACAGAAAGAAAAAUCAAAGCCUUAAAAAACUGACUAACCAGCUCUAUACCAGAUGAAUCCGGAACAUGCACAACGCAUAACUUUUAAAAUAUAGUUUUGUUUCUUUGGGAUCAGCAACGUUAGUUUUACUUUGUUUGAUUGAAAUGAUCCGUUUUAACCACAAUUAAUUGCAUUGUGGGAACAAUCCCUUCCCUUGAAAGACUUUCUCUCGACUGGCAUUUCCCCAGCAGUUUUUACAUCUAAAUGAUUACUAAUUAAGACAUUAUUGUCGCUAAAAGAGUUCAUUUAUGGCUGACUUUUAUGCUAGAGAAAUACUUAGAUGUCUUGUGAUUAAAUUGUUAUGAUUGUAAAAUGUUGUCAUGGUUAAAAAUAUGUGUUUAUUUAUGUGAUGGAAAUGAAUAUGUGUAAUGCAACCUAAAAAAUGUUCAUUUAUUUGCAUCAAUAAAAGAAUCUUAUCUUAUCUUGUGUGCGGAGCAUAGUUUUUAUCAAAGACAUUCUGUCUAACCGGUGCUCACAUUUCCAUCUUGUGUGUGGAGCAUAGUUUUUAUCAAAGACAUUCUGUCUAACCGGUGCUCACAUUUCCAUCUUGUGUGCGGAGCAUAGUUUUUAUCAAAGACAUUCUGUCUAACCGGUGCUCACAUUUCCAUCUUGUGUGCGGAGCAUAGUUUUUAUCAAAGACAUUCUGUCUAACCGGUGCUCACAUUUCCAUCUUGUGUGUGGAGCAUAGUCUCUUUGUUUACACGCGUGAUAUUUUAAGAGUGAGUCUUUUUUGUGCUGUGUUCACCUGGUGAAUGGCUGGAAAAGAAUAUGGGGUCGAUGGAGUUGGGUUAACACUGUCGCUGCAAUUAUUGUGGUUGACCGUGUCUGCUUUGUUGAGUGAACGGGUGGUUCGGUGAGCUCAGAUCUACUUUGUAGUUUUAUGCCUAGAUAAAGGGUUAAGUCACUUCAACUGGGAUUUUGUAAUCAUACCUGGUCCUACUAUUUCCAGCACAUACCUGGUCCUACUAUUUCCAGCACAUACCUGGUCCUACUAUUUCCAGCACAUACCUGGUCCUACUAUUUCCAGCACAUACCUGGUCCUACUAUUUCCAGCACUUACCUUGUCCUUCUAUUUCCAACACAUACCUGGUCCUACUAUUUCCAGCACAUACCUUGUCCUACUAUUUCCAGCACAUACCUGGUCCUACUAUUUCCAGCACAUACCUGGUCCUACUAUUUCCAGCACAUACCUGGUCCUACUAUUUCCAGCACAUACCUGGUCCUACUAUUUCCAGCACAUACCUGGUCCUACUAUUUCCAGCACAUACCUGGUCCUACUAUUUCCAGCACAUACCUGGUCCUACUAUUUCCAGCACAUACCUGGUCCUACUAUUUCCAGCACAUACCUUGUCCUACUAUUUCCAGCACAUACCUGGUCCUACUAUUUCCAGCGCAUACCUGGUCCUACUAUUUCCAGCACAUACCUUGUCCUACUUUUUCCAGCACAUACCUGCUCCUACUAUUUCCAGCAGUCUUGAAACAAGUUAAUUUAUUACAGAACAAUUGUACAGUACAGGCAAAUGGCAAGUGUUCAGUGUGACUUGAUUGUUGCUUCACAAGUUUUCUUUAUUCCACAGUCUCAGCUAUGAUCAGAGAGGAACAAGGCUCAGGGACAAUUCAUUUUUCCCCAAAAAUCUGGAGGCAAGUACUUAACAUUUUUAAAUUAAAAUUAUUUUAGCAUUCUGUUUAAGAAAAAAAGAAUUGUUGGUGACUUGAGAAAAAUGGAAAAUAUUGUUAAGUUUUUGGGGGGGGGGGGGAGGUAAUUGUCCUUUAAAAAAGUUUUUUCUAAAAAAAAAAUCAAUUGUAUUUUUUAAUACAAUUUAAUUUGUUUAUAAAAAUCUCCAUAUAUAUAUUAUGUAUAUAUUACCAGUGUCAUUUUCGUUUCAUGAUAUUCAAAUAUUCUGAUUUUAUUAAAUAAUUUAUUUUAGAAAUGACACACUUUUAUCAAAAUAAUGUCUGGUCGUUAUGUCUGUGGUGAAUGUAUUCGCAGGCAAAUGGCCAGUAAAGAAAGUAAAUUUUUUAAAUUGCCAGGAAUGUUCUCAGAUUGCCAGAAAUUUUUGUUAUUUUUUUAAAUUGAUAUGUCAUAUUGAUUUUCAUUUGAUUGUUGCUUUAAAAACGAUUGUUGGAUACAUCCAGAUUCAUUGGCUGUCGAUCAUCAACUCCUUGGUGCUGGUCUUUCUUCUCAUUGGCUUCGUGGUCAUCAUCAUGGUGAGUUGCUCUCGGGGUCUAAAGCAGGCCUGCACAACUCAAAAUGUAAGGCGGGCCGUAAUACAUUAUGAAAAACUUGUGCGGGCCAAAAGAAAAUAAGACAGGACUUGUGCUGGCCAAAAGAAUAUAGGUCAGAGGGAAAGCUAUUAAGAAAAUAAUAUGAAUAAAGAGUUUGUCGUUACCUCGCGGGCCACCACAAAGUGGGUGCUGGCGGGCCGUAUGUUGUGCAGGCCUGGUCUAAAUGAUUCUUGGCACCUUUUUAUUAUUUUUGGGGUAAAACUUGAAUAUGAUCUAAUCAAGUUCGAAGUGGCUAUUCGGACCCGGGUCUGGGAAGUGAGAGGUUGGGAUUAAAAAAAAAAUUUUUUAAUAUUAUUGUUAGGUUGUAAGACAAAUUUUGGUAUCAAGUGAAAGAUAAUUGAAUGGACUAUAUGUUUGUAAACUUACUUCUUCAGUUUAACCGGGUCCGAAAAGCAGCGCUGCGUGUCUGGAUCCAUUUUUACUAAAUGCUAUUCGGAUGUCAUUUGUUGUAGUUUAUUUUAGUUAAACUAAAGAGUAAGUUUACAAUUAUAUAGUCCAUUCAAUUAUCUUUCAUUUGAUACCUAAUUUUGUCUUACUUCUCGGACCCGGGUCCGAAUAGCCGCAGCCAAUCAAGUUUGGAUGUAUUUGCUGCUGUAUGGAGCAGAGGGUCUCAAAAUGGGCCAUAUAGCCAUCGUAGAGGGGGGUUGAAACGUGGGUUACUAGUAAAGAAGGCUACACUUGUAUACAGAGCAUGAGUUGAAUGGGGACUGGGAUAUUUGAGGUGCCCAAAGUUGGCAAGUAGGAAAACAGAAACGAUCAAUCUUGGAAGGUUGGGGAGGGGGGCGGGCAGGACAGACAAGUUUUAGGGGGUCUCCAAAAGUCACGUGACGGCUCUGCUGAUUAUAGAGCAAUGUUCAAAAUGAGAUGAGCUUGAAGUCUCUGCUCUAUGAUCCAUCCUUUAAAGCAUAUGUGUUAUUAAACUCUGAACUCUUUACAAACUCUGGUGCCAAGUUUGCUCUAUAAAUAUCAAAAUUUCGUUUUAACAAAAUAUUUUAUGUUAACAGUCAAGUUAUCUUUAUUGAAAUGUACACACAUUUCAAGGGGUUGGUGUUGGUGAAUGGUUUAAAUCAGAUAUGGCAGCUGUCUAAGAAUGGUAUCUUUGAUUGAAAACCCUAUUAUCUUAUUGUAAUGUUUCCUUCUGUUCACCCAGACAAGAGUCCUGAAGAGCGACUUUGCCCGUUACAACAUUGAAGAUGAAGAGGAUGCGGAUGACUUGGAUUCUGAUGACAAUGGAUGGAAAAUCAUACGCACCGAUGUUUUCCGAUUUCCACCCAAUAAAAAUCUGUUCUGUGCAAUUUUGGGCAGGUUUUCUUGAGCCUAUUUUAGCUUAUUAUUGAUCCAGUUGGGAACACAACUCAUUGCCUAGCACAAGGCAUUCAAUUCAUUUUCUUUUAUAUGUUUUAUUAAAGUGAAGUUGAUAAUAGACCUUUUCCCAGUUUUGAACACAAUCUUCUCUCCCUGCAGGCGUUGGCACACAAUUCUUGGCUCUAGCCACCGGCAUUCUGUUAAUGGCCCUAGCUGGCAUGUUCAAUGUCCACCGACACGGAGCCAUCAACGCCGCUGCCGUGGUCCUGUAUGCAUUUACUUCCAGUAAGUUUGUCUGUGUUGACUGAUAAGAUUAAGCUCAUUCUGUGAAUCUUACCAAAUCAGGUAUAUAAGGCUAUUCUCAGGCGGAAUAAUCUUAGUUCAGCAUAUAGUGUUAAACUUAUAUGUGUCCAGUGUAAUAUAUUGAGUUAUAAUUUCAACAAUCCAUAAUUUCUUUUACUAAUAAGUCCAGUCACAAAUACCUCUUGUAAUGAAAUUUUGUGAGAAACUUAUCCUCAGACAAAUUUUAAAAGAAUUACAGCAAAAACUUGACCUCCAGUAGCUGAUUUCACAAUAAAUACUCACAGUAUAGAGCAUGUAGAGACAUAAGCACCUAGGUUUUACCAUCAAUAAUAAGCUGAUAUGGCAUGCAAGUGGCCAAAAUCUGUUCAAUAAAGUCAACCAAAGACUUUUCAGCCUUAAAAAAUGUACAAUUUCAGCGUAAACAAACAAGUGAUUAACUUAUUCAGCAGUGCAACAAUACAUCUCACCCACUUCAUCAUAUAUACCUGAUCAGCUCAAUCAGAGUGAAUUAAUUCUUUUAAAGAUUAGGACCGAAAGAUAUAAACAUUAUUUUGUUCCCUAGUCUUAAGAAUUUACCAGCGUUCUCCUCCUUUGGUAAACAUUAUUCAUGCUUAAUUUCUUCCCAUUACCGCAUAAAAUUAGCCUCGUGUUAACAUCAAAAUUUUAAUUUAAACAAAAUUCUAUUCCCUUUUGUAAUAUAUUAAUUUUCAUAACUGUCUAAGGUGGAAUUUUCUUUAGGAACAUCAUUAAAUAUUUUUGAUGAUUCUACUCUUGGUCUUAAGUUGCAACCAUUUUGUUUUCAGGCAUAAGCGGCUACGUGGCCGCAAACAUGUUCAGGAAGAUGGGAGGAGAAAAUUGGGUGUGGAAUAUUAACCUGACUUCCGCGCUGUUUGCAGGUAUGUUAUACAUUGUCAUUGUUGGCACAAAAACCUAUCUGGGUUUUUCAAAGGUCUCAAGUUUUACAUACCUUUUAAUACUUUUAAGUUAAGAGAUAUUUUUUAUUUUUUUUAAAAUAUAAAUUAACUGGUAUGAACCAUUCUUUACACAGGCUGUAGCGAUGUGCUCUGUAGCCAUGUGCUCUGUAGCCAUGUGGUUUGCUAACUUGAAACAUUUUUGCAGCAUUAGAUACCGUAUUUUCCACUGGAAAUGAUCUUUCAAUGUGUCUUAUUCUUUAGUUGUUCUUAGUGGGCCUCAUGAUAUCUGUAGUUGAGUGUUUGACAACAUCUUUAUUGGACUGGGAACCCUUGGAGUGUUUAGAUAGUUCACCGAACCCCCCAUGGGUGACGCAAGGAUCACCGAACCCCCCAUGGGUGACACAAGGAUCACAGAACCCCCCAUGGGUGACACAAGGAUCACCGAACCCCCCAUUCGUGACACAAGGAUCACCGAACCCCCCAUGGGUGACACAAGGAUCACCGAACCCCCCAUUCGUGACACAAGGAUUUGUUAUAUUCCAAAAGAAUCUCCUGCCCAAGUGAAUCCCAUAGCUAAGUAACUGUCACUGUACUGACAAACUUUAAGAUUCUGAUCUACAGUGCCAAUUUUUGGCAGGCUUGACUCACGUGACUCAGUAUUAGCUUAGCUGCUGUCAAAUCACAUGACGCCGGUACUAGCAGUAGCUUAGGUCGAGUGCUCCUGAAUUUUAGUUCGGUCUUCAGCUAUAGUGUCUUCUAAUUUAUUCUUUUUAAUAAAUGGGUCCAUGGCCACGCAAAAACAACAAGAAUGUGAUAAUUAAUUUAAACUCUGCACUCAUUUGAACAACAACGAAAACAGUAAUUAAGUGGAUAAACAAGGACUAAUUAUUGCACAGGGUCUUUACUGCCAGAUUUUUUCCCCUGGCCAUUCUGUCAGUUAUUUUGAUCUUUUUACCGGCUAUCUGCGGAACCCUUAGUUUCCGUAGAACCCUAGUUGAAAAACACUGCUGCGGCUAAAUGAGAUUUAUUUUUUUAUGCUUUGACAGUACAUAUAAUGAGUUUUGUAAUGCUUUGAGAGUACACCAAUGAGUUUGUAAUGCUUUGACAGUACACCAAUGAGUUUGUAAUGCUUUGACAGUACACCAAUGAGUUUUGUAAAAAUCUUGCUUUCAGCCCCAUUCUUCAUGGUCUGGGCUGUGAUCAACUCUGUGGCCUGGGCCUACGGCACCACAAGAGCCCUGCCGGCGACCACGGUCAUCCUUCUUAUGGCGCUCUGGCUGUUCAGUGAGUUCGGGUUCUCUUCUCCGCCUCUGGAUUUCAAAAUAUGUGGGAUCAGUUAAUCAGUAAUAAGACAGGAUUUAAUCUAUGCAAUACUAAAUGAGCUACCUAGGGUUUGGAAGUGUUCACUCUUUGAAAGAGAUGCUUUUCUUCAGUGAUUUAACUCAUCAUAUUUCAGUCAACAAGCAUUCAUUAAACAACCCCUAACAACAAAGUUUUGCUGAUAAAUACUUUAAAUGCAUGUUUUCUUAUUUUAUUUUAAUAUUCUAAUGUCCCACCUGCUUUUACACAGCGCUUGCGAUAAUUUUUUUAAAGAAUCACAUUUAGCGUAGUUAUCUGGAAUUUUAUUUCAUGAAAUCAGUGUCAUCAUAUUUCCUUCAUCUUCCCCUUGAAACAUAGGACAAACUGAUGUUGGGGGGAGGGGGGUGCCUGAAAAUUUGAUAGAAUGUGUUAUCAUCUGCAAAAAUUCUAUGUGCCAAGUUUCGGCUCGAUGGGUUGACGGGAAGUGGGUCAAUGAGCCGUCCGAAAAUUUUCUGGCCACGAAGAAAAGCAAAGUAAAUUAAGGAUUUAAAAAUAGGCAGUAAUUUAUUGUGAGAGUAGUUGCACUUGUGUUGGUAAAAAAUCACUAAUUUGUUUGUUUGUCAUCCACAGUUGGUUACCCGUUGACUGUGCUGGGAGGAAUCUUUGGCAAAAACUACGCGGGAAGCUUCGACGCACCUUGCAGAACUAAGAACAUCGCCAGGGAAAUUCCAAGUGUGCCCUGGUACAGGUCGGCCCUGGCUCAUUGUGCCAUCGGUGGCUUCUUGCCAUUCAGGUGAUCCCACCGUGUUUGGAUAGUUAUACAUCUUUAUUCAAAUGUCUGUAAUGAUCUUUUUAAUUAAAAAAUUUCAUUUAAUUUUUGUUCAACAGUUUUUAGAAAAUCAUAUUUCUCUUCAGUGCAAUAUCGGUUGAACUCUACUACAUCUUUGCCACACUUUGGGGACGUGAGCAGUACACACUGUUUGGCAUCCUCUUCAUUGUCUACGGCAUCCUGCUCAGCGUGACCGCUUGCAUUUCAAUAGCCCUCACGUACUUUCAGCUGUCUGCCGAAGACUACCGCUGGUGGUGGCGCUCCAUAUUCAGUGCCGGGUAAGUAACUGCACACUGCAAGAGAGUUUUUUUGUUCAAAAGAUCCACACUGCGGAGGGAAAAAAAUUUUAACCGACAAACAUCAUAGAUCCAGACCAUUAGUAUACGUAUUACCCACAACAGGGAGGAUAGUUGCAUACAUUGGUGUCAGAGAGUGGUCACCCGUCAUAUUGGUGUCAGAGAGUGGUCACCGGUUAUGUUGAUGUAACAAUCUAGUAUUAUGUCCACAGAAUGAAAAGAAGAUUUAUCAUUAGCUCAAAGCUCCAGACUCCUCAUUAUUUGAAUUCUUCAGCAUUGCGUUGAUCAAUAUUUGGCCAACUUCAAAGUUUAAAAUAUCGGCCUACGAUUUAAACUUUGAUAGAUCAAUCAAUUAUUUUUUUUUAAGUUGGAUAAUGCUUUUUUAUUUUGAAUUUGAACACACUAAUUUUAUAGAUUUGAUGGGUUUUUUUUGUUUUUUUUUUAAUUUAUACAAAAUAUUUUUUUUUAAUAUUUGAAUUCUAAAGCCAAAACAUAUCUAGUAGUGCAUUGAGUUAAAAUAUCUACAUUGUUCCAUGUUUACCUGACAGCACUAGAUGAGAGGUCAAGAGACAUGACGACCUUUUGGAAAUUUACUGGGGAUUUUCCUUUUAGAGAACUAAAAAUCUAUUGUCUUGUUAUAAACUGAACUCCUUUAAAUGUGCCCCUGCUCAAAGAUUUAGGAACCAUUGCUGUCUGACUUAGUGGUUAUCAACCUUUUAAGCGCUGAUACCCCUUGAAAGAUGAAUUGUGAAAAGUUGUGGUGACCCACCACCAGGAUCAUUCUUAGAAAAUGAGGAAGCGAUGGUACAUACUCAUUUUUUAUAAAAAGAAAAAGAAAUAGUCACAUCCUAUAAAUAAAAUUGGCGCUUACAUCAGAGUAUUUUACUGAGUCACAGGGAAGCGACACUAAUUAAUUAGUUUGAUCGUUGUAAAUAAGACGGACAUUUGGAAAUGAAAGGUGGUACUAAUUAGAUAAGAAUGCCUAUUUUUACACACAGAAAAGUUAUCAAGUGAGCCCCCUGCAUAUUAUGUCAGGCUGCCACAAGUUGAUAACCACUGGUUUCAUAGCAGCGGCUAAAUUUAAUUGACAAUGAUUCCAGCUCAUUUAUUUCAACUCUCUCUCUCUCUCUUCCCCCAUAUAGGUCCACUGGCAUCUUUGUGUUCCUCUACGCCUUGUUCUACUACUACAAACGUUCCAACAUGUCCGGCCUGCUGCAGACCCUGGAGUUCCUGGGCUACACGGCCCUGACGUGCUACGUGUUUUUCCUCAUGCUCGCCACCGUCUCCUUCUUUGCAUCGCUCAAAUUCGUCCGAUACAUCUAUGUGAAUAUAAAGAUGGAUUGAUUCUUUCAUUCUGAAUGCUAUGUCUACCACAUGUUGACCAUCUAGGACAACUGGACCAGUGAUAUAUAUAUAUCUAUAAAUACACAGUGGCUUUGUGAUUGUGUCAUUAUCUGGUAAGGGUAUUGAUCCUAUCGACUAUUCCAUCUUGAAAGCCGGCACAGGAAGAAUUGGGUGAAUUUGGAAUGAAUAUUUGAGGGAUUCUAUGAGAAAUUGUGUCCAAUGUUUAUCAACGACAAAGUCUUGGGGAUAUAUUAAUAUUAUUUAUAUUUUGCAAUCAAGUUAUGGUACACUUAUUAUGUUAGAAAUUUCUAUAUAGUCUUAAAAUUGUUUUUUCCAUGGCUUGUUAUUCUUUACCAAUGUUUGUUUUGAGACUUCAAAGUUUCGUGUCUGCCGUUGUCCACCUUCAUUUUAGUUUUAAGUAGUUUUAGGUGCAAAAGAAGCUGAUAGUUGAGUCGCAUGUGAUGAUGAUGAUGAUUUAUGCUGUCAUCAGUUUGUGUGUAGGAGACUGGUAAACAAACCGAUGCUGCAAAGAGCUCACAGGCACUUCAGACUUGUCCACGUCCUGUGGAUAGGUUUCCACAAGCUCGGCCGGCUCUCAGAUCAACAGCCUAAGGUCGCCUGUAUACGAGUGUUAAGAGGAGAUGAGUUAGGCGAUCCAUACGUUUAGGGGUGCCUGUGCAAACACGUAUUCCUGUGCCUGGAUGGGCUGACGGUCUUGUUUCAAGUGACUAUUGAUAACUCUCUGAUUCAUUUAAAGAGGGCUUAACUUUUAAUUGGUGUUUUUUUACAAAUCGUAGUCGGCAUAUUUUAUGAAUGCCAUCAAUGAAGUCAUGAGUGAGCCUUUGACUGCCAUUAGCAAUGUCAGCUGUUAUAGCCUCACACAAAUGACUUGCAUGAAAUAUAUUCAAAUAUUUAUAUAUGCUACAUAAAAUAUGAUCUUUCUUAUGUCCAUCUGUUACUGUCUUGGCAUAUGGAUUAGUAUGUACUGUGAACUUUCCCAGAAAACAGCCUAUAUAAUUAUGUAUCAUUGGCUCAAUUUUUUUCACUUUGACAUCUUAGGGUGAUCCCUCUGUGAUUGUUGUUCUGAAAUGCAGAUUUAGAUUAUCAAUGGUGACAAUUCUUUCAUCUACACAGAAAACUUCAAUUGAUUUCUAUAAGAAUUAAUUGAUGUUUCACCUGGGGCAUCAGUUUAUGAUAUUGUUUGUAAGUUUGCCUGUGUGACGGGGGGGGGG